AUGCGUUUAUUUUUCCCAGGCUUGCCGUUCUUUGGUAACCUGUUUCAGCUCAACCACGAAUCCUGGCAUAUCUUUACUGAAUGGAAGAAGAUCUAUGGACCUAUCGUUUAUCUCAACAUUGGCGGCCAGCCCGUGGUCGUCUUGAACACACACAAGGUUGCUGGUGACCUCCUCGAUCGUCGUGCAAUCAACUACUCAGAUCGUCCCCGUCUCGUCGUCGCUGGGGAAAUCUUGACCAGAGGCAUCAUGCUUGGCCUCACGCGGUACGGAGAUGUCUGGAGGCGGAUGCGCCGCGCGUGUCAUGAAGCGCUCAAUCCCGGCGUUGCUAGUAAUUACCACCAGUCUCAGCAGGCCGAGGCCGUCCUCCUUGCGUAUGGAAUCAUGAAGCAGCCUGACCUAUGGUUCCAUCACCUUCGCAGAGUAGCCGCAUCUACCAUCACUUCCAUGCUCUACGACAUGCCGCCCCUGGAAUCACCGACUGAUCCGUCGAUCGCCAAUAUCAACAACAUGGCCGCAAGGAUCACGAAAUCUUCCUAUCCAGGAACCCACCUCGUUGAAUUCUUUACAUUCUUGGAGUACCUGCCAAAGUCGCUCGCAAAAUGGAAGAGAGAGGCGGACGAGUGGUACCAACGUUACACCGUCGGAUUCGAGAAGUCCUACGAAGUGAUUCAUGACCGUGUGAUGGCGGGGGAGGAGCAGCGACCGAGCUUCUGCGCGACUCUCGCAGAGACGCAGUCUCGUCACCAUCUCUCCAAUAAGGAGGCAUCUUGGCUCGCAGCGACUAUGUACAUCGCCGGGUCAGAGACGACCUCCAGCUGCUUGUCUUGGUUCAUGCUGUGCAUGAUAGCUUUCCGUGACGCACAAGCCAAAGCGGCUAAAGAGAUUGAGGAGGUCAUCGGACAUUCACGAUUGCCUAGCUUUGCUGAUUGGGAUCAUUUGCCUUAUGUUCGCGCUUUGCUCAAAGAAGUCUUGAGAUGGCACACUGUCGACCCUCUAGGGCUUCCUCACGCAUCUGUUGAGGAUGACUAUUAUGAGGGAUACUUCAUUCCGAAGGGCACGAUAUGCAUUCCCAACGUCUGGGCAAUGAACAGGGAUCCUGACAUCUACGGCCCUAAUGCACAUCUGUUCAGGCCUGAGCGACAUCUGGACGAACAUAACCGCCUCAACCCCUCUCCUGCGGACACCAAAGACGAAGGCCACGUAACCUACGGCUUUGGGCGCAGGAUCUGUGUAGGACGACAUGUCGCUAACUACUCGCUCUUCAUUGAUAUCGCUACCAUUCUCUGGGCCCUCAAACUUGAGCCGGAGAGAGAUGCCGAAGGCAACUACAUCGAACCGGACGUUGUCAGCAUUGUCAGUGACGGAUUGGUCGUUCGACCAGCUCCCUUCAAUAUUGUUACCUCUCUUCGAUUCCCCGAAGCCGAAAAUAUGCUAGCCAACACACGGGAGGAGAUCCUGCAAGCCCAUUCUUAA